UCAAAUGAUUGUCUUUGUCAAAACUUGAAUUUGCAAUCGUGAAGGUUGUGAUAAAAACAAACAGUGUUUACUAUUUUAUUUUAGUUAUUUGUGCCAUAAUAUCUGUAACCAAAUGACUCAGCCCGUUGCUGUAAUUAAAAAUACUAUCUACGCUGGCCAAAAAUAUGUACCCAUUGCAAAUGGCAGUAAGGUACAUUUUCAUUUCCAAACAUGGAAACUCGGAGACGAGAGGGUGCUGCUGGAUGAUAGUAGAAAUAUAGGAAAAAAGGAACCUAUGGUCUUAGUAAUAGGUCAUAAAUUUAAACUUGAAGUCUGGGAAACUAUUGUCAAAAUGAUGGCUGUAGGAGAAGUUUCAAGCUUCCGAUGUAAAAAAGAGGUGGUGUUCAGUUACCCAUACAUAUCAAAGACACUUCGUGAACUGGGACAGGAUGCACCUAAAGCUAAGCACACAUGCACUAUGACCCUGCACACUGAGGGCUUAGGCUUCAAGGACCUGGAUGAGCUGAUGAAGAAUCCCUGUGAUCUGGAAUUCAUUAUAGAAGUACUUAAAGUAGAAAGAUCAGAUGAAUAUGAGAAGGAGUUGUGGCAGUACAAUGCAAAGGAGAGAGUGGAGCUGGUGCCCCUGCUCAGGGAGAAAGGCAACAAGCUGUAUAUACAGAAGAAAUAUGAAGAAGCAGAGAAGGCUUACCAUGAGGCUCUCUCUAUCUGUGAACAGCUAAUGAUAAGGGAAAGAAAAACUGAUGAUGAGUGGGCCGAAUUGAAUAAAAUUAAAUUGCCGAUUCUACUAAACUAUGCACAGUGCAAACUUUUAAAUGGAGAAUAUUAUGCUGUUAUAGAAUAUUGCAAUACAGUUCUGGAGUAUGAAAAAGAUAAUGAAAAAGCUUUAUACAGGCGAGGCAAAGCUCACGUCGGCGCCUGGAACCCAGACCUAGCUGAAGAAGACUUCAAACGGCUAAAGUCCUUAAAUCCGUCCAUGGCCGCCACAGUCGAUAAGGAACUUGAACAAAUUAAGAAGUUAAGGAAAGCUAAGGAGGAUCAAGACAAAGAUAAACUUAAAAACAUGUUUCUAAAGAACGGGACCACAUAACAUUAACAUUUAUAUCCUUACAGUUCUAUACGCGUAAAGUAUAAUAGGGCUGAUGACUGGGUAUAAAAAAUGUAGAUCAAUUUAGUCCGUCGGGUAAGUCGUGAAAAACUAAGACAAGUACACAAAUCUUUUUGUCUACAUCUGACCAAUAAAAAUAAUUUCAAUUCCGAAUAGCCUGCAGCAGAUUAUUUUGGGUAUUUGAUGUAGGGGCUUAGUAAUGUUUGCGUUCUAGUGACGUCAUGCGUAAGUUCUAUUACCUGUAUGUACGUAUUUAUCGUUUACAUGUAAAAUACGUAACCGUAUUCAUUAUAUUAUUACCUGACGGACUUGACAAAAAAAUGUCAUCAACCCUAUUAUUUUCUGUUUCUUCCCAUCGUAUCAUCUCCGCAAAUUACAAACAGACCUAGCCGCCAUUUUGAUGACGCAAUUUGACAGUUCUGUUCUAAAGCAACCUGUUUUUAAAGCUGCUUGUGACGUCAUGAUGACGUCGUUUUGUAUUAUUGCGGGUCCCGUCUGUUAAGAAUUUGUCGGGAUGAUACAAUACCCUUUGACAUUCGUAGUGUAGAUGCUGCCGAGGCCAAAGUGUACUUUAAGGUAGAUACAAUAUGGUUGGUUUUUAUUAUUUCUUCUUACUAAGGUAUGAUCUGUGAUCUCCCUGUGAACCUUUUAGAACCUAAAGCAUGGAAUAGUAAACCUAUGGAUUACUCUAAUAUUUUGUAAGCAAGAAUCGUAGGCGAAUAUUGUGUAGUUAUUUGUUGUGGCCUUUUUACCUCUAUGUAUGUUAGGUACAUACCUAACUUUAGCUUUUUUUAGUAUUUUAAUUGGUAUUUCAUUAAGGUAUCGAAAUUAAUUUCUUGGACUCUAUUAAAUGCGGACAACAUCACAUACAUUGUUCUAAACCCAAAGUAAGUUGCUGAAGCACUUGUGUUAUGGAAUUCA